ACGAGCUGGUCUCCGUCAGUUUGCCCUGUGUGCCCGGACGGGGCGGAUGUGAGACGUUUGGUUCGCGUUGCCGCGAUUUACGCGUUGUCCAUCUACGUCAACCGCUGAAACCCAUUAAAUAACAGUGCCGCUUGUCUCCGAUCACGCUUCCGAACUCGACGCCGGCAUCAUCCGCGGCCGUUCCGCGAAGAGAAAAUCGGCUUUUACCCCACAACGAGAUCACUGCUCGCGACAACGGAGCAACGCGACGCCCCUCGAUGACGCGAUGAUCCCCACGAAAGUGUUUUAUCUUCUUUAUAAUACGUCGUGUGUGAAUCAUCGACCGAUUCGUAUCGAUUUAUCGUUGAUGAGUGGCCACAGUGUUAAGUAAUUAGUGCUCGGGAAAGGCGAGACGAGGAGAGCGAGUAGCGGUAGAAGAGUAAAGAGCCGAAGAAAAAGAAGGAGAAAGUUUAUUUGCUGGCUACGAGAGAGAGAGAGAGAGAGAAAGAGUCAUGGGUGCUGUGGUGGAGCUUAGUGACGACUGCCCGCACGAGAGUAAGCGAGACAGCAAACCAGUUUCGAUGUUUACGAGAGAAAAAAUCCUCGCCACAUCCUCCACGAUGAAUCAUCAACGCGAGUCAUCCGACCAGAAUUCGCCAGCCUCGCUGAUCGCACCAACAUCAGCAUUUUGGAGAAUAAACAAGGAAAAUCGAAUCCGAGGGGAUGAAGGAGAGAUGAAUGGAUUUCAGAGCGUUACGCGACGGGGAAGGAGUGGGAGACCUACUUCGAGGACGAUACCAAUUUGGAUCCUUCGUUCGCUGAUCCUGACGUGUUUGCUCGUCGCAUCGAACGCCGCGAUCUGCCCGAACGGUUGCAUCUGCGACGACGACAACCUGUUCGUCUCCUGUAUCGGCGCGAAUUUGGACGUGAUACCGAUCGCUCUGAAUCCGAGCAUUCAGCGAAUAGUUCUAAAAGAGAAUCGAAUAAAAAUCGUGGACGCGGCCGCGUUUCAAUUCUACGGCGACCUGAAGAACGUCGAUCUGUCGAGCAAUCAUCUGUUCACGAUACCGAACGGCAGCUUCGACGCUCAGAAGCAACUGGUCGAACUGCACCUGAGACACAACAAGAUCUCGGCGCUUACCGAGAAAACGUUCCAGGGGCUUAAGUCGUUGACGGUUCUGAAUCUACGCGACAAUUACUUGGAAAGCCUGAAGAACGGAUUGUUCGCGUCGUUGUCAAAGCUGGAGGAGCUGGAUCUGGGCAAGAAUCGAAUCUCGAAGGUAGAACCCGGUGCUUUCCAGAAGCUGGGAACGCUGAGGGUGCUCCAUCUGGACGACAACCAGCUGAGGACUAUACCCUCCCCGGCUCUGGCUCCUCUGAACUCUUUGGCGGAGUUGCACAUAGGCUGGAACGCUUUCUCUUCCAUCCCCGACGACGCCUUCAAAGGUUUGGAACAAUUGACGGUGUUGGAUAUAACCGGGGCGGGUCUGGACGACAUAAACGACUUCGCUUUUCGCGGUUUGAACGCGUUGAGGACUCUGGGGCUGGACGGGAACAAACUGAGGGAAGUGCCGACGAAGCAGCUGGCUGUUUUGCCCAGACUGGAGGAACUCACGUUGGGUCAGAACUUUUUCACCACCCUGAGAUCUGGAGCCUUCCAGGGGCUAACGAAGCUGAAGAAAUUGGACGUGUCCGCGGCCAAACUGUUGACCACGGUUGAACGUGGAACGUUCUCGGACAAUGCGAACCUGGAAACGUUGAUUCUGAACAGUAACAAACGAUUGACGACCAUGGAAGAUGGUUCCUUGGCCGGAUUACCUAAUUUGAGACACUUGAUGUUAAGGGACAACGCGUUCACCGGGUUUUCCGAGUCGCUGAUAGCCUGGAAUGAACUGAAACGUUUGGACCUGAGCGAAAACCCUUUAAUUUGUGAUUGCGGUUUACUGUGGUUGACGGAAGUUCUCGUUCCGCGGAACUCCAGUCCGGUCCUGUGUUCCGAACCUCCGGAACUGAAGGGGAAACCCGUGAAAGGGAUGACGGGGGACGAGCUGGGUUGCGCCUUUUCCGACGCCAGGAAACAAGCUUUGUUAGCGACUCUUUGCGCGACCGGUUUGGCUCUGUUGACCGGACUGGCACUGAUUGUUUAUUACAAAUGCAGGAGAAAGGUCAGGGAUGCCCUGAAAGACUACAAAUGGAAGAACCGCGCGAUAUCGCGGAAGGAGCACGAGUACCAGAAAACGUUCUCCGACGACGAGUACAUAGUUAGAACGGCGCACCAUCAUCAUCCGCCUCACCAUCAUCAUCAAGGCCAGACGGGGCAGCUGGCGCACUACCAGCAUCAGAACUCGAAUCUGCAGCAACCAAACCCGAACCUGCAGCAGCAGCAUCAGCAGCAACAGCAGCAGCAACAGCAACAACAGGUCGCCAUGGGCGUGAAGUCGAUUCCUGUGACGGAACUGUAGCUAGAACUUCGGACGGCGAACCAUA